AUGGCAGAAGCCGCGCGAACCGUUAGACACUACGUGAGCGAUUGCCUCCCAGAGCGUCAUCCGUACGAUCCGAAGAAAGGCUUUGCCGGGGAGCGUUUACGGAAUGCUGGCAAAGUCUUUCGUGGCUUUCUUCCGAUUACUGUGGAUAUUUCUAUCGAAAGCCUAACUAACCCAAUUGUAAACGAAGAAGAGCGAAGCAAGGCGGUGCACCACCUCUACGCAUAUUCGGCAUCACAGGAGAUGAAGGUGGAGCUUAUCCAGAAGGGCGUCGUUUCGAUUAUUGUUUCACUGCUCAAUCAAGAACCUAUAUUAGGUAUUUUAGAGCACCAGUGCUUUCUCUUACUUCGAUCGCUUUGUAUUAUCCCGCAGGGGUGUUAUGCGGUGGUGUUUGGAGGUGGGCUCGCAGCGGCGCUUGAUCGGGCAACCAAACCGCCCAACCCCAAUACGGAGAUGCCAAAUUUAGACCCACGAGAGGCCGCUUUACACGUGAUUUUUCAGAUUGCAGUUGAUUUUUGUGGAGUGCGGUGGCUAUUAUAUCCGGAAUCAUACGAGGAGUUUAUUAUCCCCGGGGUGGAGUACCCAUGCGCAACGACGGUGUACAUCGGGGAUGUUUUCAAGAUCCUAUCGAGGGUACUCGUGAAGGAGCCGAUGUCCACCCGCUCAGCUCUCUACGUGUUAGGGAGUUUAAUCCACAUGACGUCUCUUCAAUCGAGCACGGAGAUCUGCAUUCGCGAGGCGGAGGAUGUUUUGGAUACGUUGAGCGCGCGUUUAGCCGCCAUCGCACAUGACCUUCUCAAGGGGGAAACCCUGGCAAAGGAGAAUUUUUUGUUUGCAGAGCGUCUGUGUGAGGUUUUAUGGAAUCUCACACUCGUGGAAGAGGGGUUGGCGGCCAUGGAGCAGCACGAGAUCCCUGAUUUGCUUUUUGUACUGUUCGAUGGGUGCCGGCUGGACGUCUCCGCCGAGGCGUUAUCGAUGCAGCGCACCCUAACAGGGGUUAUUUCAGCCAUUUAUAGUCUAUUAGAUGUCAAAUUGCAUAUUAUGCAGACCCUCACAGGUGGGCUCACACGCGUGGAGGCCUUGUUAAUGCAUUUGGAUACCCUUAACCGCCUUAUCGCAAGCGCGGAAAAAGGGGAUCAACAGGUAAAUUUAUACAACGCGAAUGCGGCGGUGAAAAAUACCAUUAUGGCGCUGCAGCUUGCGAUGGAAGCCAAAGAGCAACGCAUUGUGGGUCAUGCCUUUUUCAAAGAACUUAGUAAGGAAAAUGCCGAGGCCUCUCAGCAGAUGUGUGAGCAAAUUUUUGCAAAGACAAGAUGGGGAAAGGAAUUUGGUGCCUCCACCUCUGUAGAAGGCAUUCUUUCAUAA